AUGGGUUCUGAAGCAAGAGAUAAUCCUCAUGCAGUGGUCAUUCCCUUCCCAGCACAGGGUCACAUAAACCCCAUUUUGAUGCUCGCCAGGAUCCUCCACCACCGAGGCUUUCACAUAACGUUCGUGCACACCGAGUACAACCACAAGCGCUUGCUCAAGUCCAGAGGCCUGACCUCUCUCGAUGGCUUGCCUAGGUUUCGCUUCGAAACCAUCCCCGAUGGCCUCCCGCAGAGUGAUUCCGAUGAGGAUGUCACUCAGCACAUCCCUUCUCUCUGUGAGUCCACUUCCAAGAAUUGCUUGGCUCCUUUCAUGGACCUCCUCGGGAGGCUCAAUGAUAAGUCUGUCGAUGAUACCGAGGUUCCGAAGGUGAGCUGUGUGAUAGCGGACGGUGGUAUGUCGUUUGCACUUGAUGCUGCAGAGAAGCUUAGAGUGCCUGGUGUGCUGUUUUGGACUCCCAGUGCUCGUGGGUCUUUGGCGUAUACUCAGUACCAUAUGCUCCGCGAAAAAGGGCUAUUCCCCUCAAAGGUUAGGGAAGUAUAG